AAGGGUUUUAAGUGGGAGCAGCAAGAGAUGGCAACUCUGUCCAGCAGGAGGAGAAUCCAAACCUACGAAGAAUUCGUCGAACUUCAUGGGUUGCUAUUGGCAGCAUCGGGGUUGCCUGAGUCACUAUACCGCCAGCUAUUCGAGAAGCUCUCAACCGAGACCUUCGACGGUGGCCGCUACUUCCAAAUUGAGCCCUGCGAGGAUGGUCGCCAGCGACGCCUCCUUCUUACUGCCGACUUCAUGCCCAAGCACUCCCACGUCUUCCUUAUUGAUCAUGCAUGGACUUUUAGACUUUCCGAUGCUUACAACCAGCUGCAACAGGUUCCAGGAUUGGCAGAGAGGAUGGGUUCUUUGAUGUGUGUAGAUAUUGAUCUAAAUAUGAACGCUGACGAGAAUGACCUUGCUAAUGGAGCUUCGCAUGAGUAUGCCAAGACCGAUGUUGCCCAGUCACUGGAGAGUGAAUUGGAAGCAGCACAAAUGAAAGGCAACGGUCCGUUGACUUGGUUGGAGCUUGACGGACUUGGAAUAGAUGACGAUAUGCUUCUAUCUCUGAGUUUAUCUGAUAGAUUUCCGGAUCUUCUGGCACUUAGCCUGUGCGGGAACAAACUUGGUAAAUUGGCAGUGGUCGCACAGGAAGUCAUCAAAUUUAAAUGCCUAAAAGCACUUUGGUUGAACAAUAAUCCGAUCCUUAAAAGUUGUGAUGGCGAGUUGGCUGAUGCAGUUCUCAAAGUAUUACCAGAAUUGGAAAUCUAUAAUUCAGCUUUUACUAGCAACUUCGGUGUGUGGGCAUUAGGCUUUGUUGCGGGCAUAUAUGGAAAGGAUAAUCCAGGUGGCACUGAUCAGGAUGACUUUCCACUGCAGAGUGUGUCCUCUCUUGACCUGUCGGAUAGAAACAUCCGCAAUUUAAUCAGUAAGGCAUUUGCACCACAUCGUUUGCCAUCUCUUUCAUACUUGAACCUUCGUAGAAAUCCAUUGGAGCAAAACUCAGUCAAUGACUUAUUAGAACUAUUGAGAGGUUUCCCAUGCUUGCAUUCGCUCGAGGUGGAUAUACCUGGUCCACUUGGAGGUAGUGCCAUAAAAAUACUGGAGUCUCUUCCUAACAUUUCAGAGCUUAAUGGAGUCAGUGCACUAAAAAUAUUAGAAGCUCAAAAACAUGUCAUCGAUUCGAUGCUUCUUCCCCGUCUUCCUGAAUGGACUGCUGAUGAGCCUCUUGCUGAUCGCAUUAUAAGUGCAAUGUGGCAAUAUCUAAUGACAUAUAGGCUUGCAGAUGAGGAAAAGAUUGAUGAAACUUCUGUUUGGUACGUAAUGGAUGAGCUAGGAUCAUCCCUGCGGCAUAGUGAUGAGCCAAAUUUCAGAUUGGCUCCUUUUCUUUUCAUGCCAGAGGGGAAUCUAGCAUCAGCUACAAGCUUUUCUAUAUUAUGGCCUGCUCAGAAUGUUCAGAAAGGCGAUGAAUGUACUCGUGAUUUUCUUUUUGGUAUUGAGGAGGAGAAACAACGUUCGGCCAGGCUUACAGCCUGGUUCCAUACCCCGGAGAACUAUUUUAUUCAGGAGUAUGAGAAGCACCAUAAGAAGUUGCAAUCAGAAAGUUUAAUACCCCCAACUAUGCAAUCUUCUAACACUAGAACCGUCAGUCAUGAUCUUGGUGGACGUCCUUUGCUUGUUUACUCAGAUAUACCUCAAGUAGAGGAAUUUCUGACACAUCCUGGGUUUGCAAUCUCGAAAGAACCAAAGGAUGCGGAUAUAAUAUGGACAAGUGUGCAAGUAGAUGAAGAUAUGAAGAAGGUCACUGGGAUAACAGAUCAUCAAUACAUUAAUCAAUUUCCUUUUGAGGCUUGUCUUGUCAUGAAACAUCAUUUGGCAGAGACCAUUCAGAAGGUACAUGGAUCUCCUGAAUGGCUGCAGCCUACUUAUAAUCUUGAAACACAUCUAUCUCAACUUAUUGGAGACUACUGUGUACGCAAAAGAGAAGGGCUUAACAAUAUAUGGAUACUAAAACCUUGGAAUAUGGCGCGAACUAUUGACACUACUGUAACUGAUAAUUUAUCUGCAAUAAUCCGACUCGUGGAAACUGGUCCUAAAAUUUGCCAAAAGUAUAUUGAGAGGCCUGCUUUGUUCAAUGGGAAAAAGUUUGAUCUUCGUUACGUAGUACUUGUUCGCAGCAUGAAUCCUCUGCAACUAUUUCUGUCCGAUGUUUUCUGGGUUAGAUUAGCCAACAACGAAUAUUCUUUAGACAAAAGUAGUUUUUUUGAGUAUGAAACCCACUUCACUGUUAUGAAUUAUCGUGGAAGAUUAAAUCACAAGAACACAAAAGAUUUCGUGAGAGAAUUUGAGGAAGAACAUCAAGUCAACUGGUUGGAUAUCCAUGGAAGAGUGAGGAAUAUGAUUCGAUCAGCGUUCGAGGCCGCAGCUGUUGCACAUUCAGAGAUGCAUAAUCCAAAAUCCAGGGCCAUGUAUGGUGUAGAUGUCAUGUUGGACAGCCUUUUUCAACCCAAGCUGCUUGAGGUUUGUAAUCGCAGCAUUGGUGACUUACUGCCCCGACUGUACAAGAGCAUGCAAAUAUGACAUGGAGGUCGUGGUUGGAGGGGGAGGCAUUGCCAAAGGCUGUGACUUCUUCAAUGAUGUUUUCAAGUGUCUCUUUCUGAACGAGAUGUCACAUGUCAGCCCGCUGUAACCUAGCCGUACAGAAUUUUAUUUUAAUGAUCAUAUGUGACCAGUCGAUGCUCCUGGCAAGCCUGCCGCCUUUGACGGAUAAUGCCAUAAUCUGCCUCCUGGUUUGAAUGAUCAUAAGCACUCUGAAGCAUCCUAGGCUUGGCCCAAAACAUGAAGCUUUAUGGUGGAAAUUGCUGGGUAGACUUUGUUGGCGACAUUUCCAAUGAUGGCUAAUUUGUCCAUAGUCGUUUAUUUUAUUAGAAACAAAAUUGGUUUUUUUCUC